AUGCCUACACAUGUCAUGUCAUGUUUUCGUUUACCAAAAGCGGUAACUACUAAAUUAACAAGUGCGGUGGCUAAUUUCUGGUGGAGCAGUAACAACCAAACACGGGGUAUGCAUUGGUUGGCAUGGAGGAAGCUAUGCCGUCACAAGAGUGAUGGCGGGCUAGGUUUCAGAGUUAUUGAAGAUUUUAACACGGCUUUAUUGGCCAAGCAAUUAUGGCGACUAAUGGAUAAUCCGGAUUCACUGUUCGCUAGGGUUUUUAAGGGGCGUUAUUAUCGGAACUCUACCCCCUUGGACCCAAUCAGAUCUUAUUCUCCAUCUUAUGGGUGGCAGAGUAUCAUCUCAGCUCGAUCUCUGGUACAUAAAGGGCUCAUUAAAAGAGUUGGUUCAGGAUCUACUAUUUUUGUUUGGUAUGAUCCCUGGAUAUCCGACUCUCGCCCGAGGUCAGCUAUUUGCAAAGGAGUUAAUUACUACCCUCAGUUGAUGGUGGGUCAGUUAAUUAAUUCCCAGACUUCAACGUGGAAUCUUCCACUAUUACACCAACUUUUCGACAAUGCGGAAAUCGCCCGGAUUACGGGUAUUACAGUAGCAACAGGGUAUAGACCAGACACUAAUGGAUGGUUCUAUACAAAAACGGGUCGGUAUACGGUUAAAUCGGAAUACCAUAUCUUACAACAGCUCCCGGAUCAGGAAGUUAUGCCGGUCGUCGGACCCGAUAUCCGGCCUUUGCAAGCGCGCGCUUGGAAAGUUAAAUGUACUACAAAACUACAACAUUUUAUGUGGCAAAUCAUUACAGGUUGCUUAUCAGUUGGCGCACGGCUAUGCAGUCGGGGUUUGCGGGUGGACCCGCAGUGUGUGCGAUGUGGUAUGGGGGAGGAGAUAAUCAAUCAUAUGUUGUUUGAGUGCCCUCCAUCCAGACAGGCAUGGGCAUUAUCCCCAAUCCCUACGCACCCACAGGGGAGUACCUAUAAAGUUUUCUCAAACGAUGAUCAGGAUCCAAGGGAUGUUUUAGACUCGGCAAUCACGGAGGCUCGGGACUGGGCUGCGGCCCAGACGGCUGGCGAAGUGGUGCCAUUACAUGCGGUAACACAAAUAGAGCGGGUCACAUCGGGUGAGUGGUGCCAAGUAGACGGGGCAUGGAAGGAUACCGAGUGUCGCGCGGGACUAGGCUGGUAUAAUUUUGAUCCGGAAUCGGGAUUAGUACUAGUCGGGGCUUGUAACUUACGGAGGGGGUUAACUCCCCUUCAGACGGAACUAGAAGCUUUGACUGGCCGGCAUUUGGAAUUCUACUUGAGGAGGUGGAGAAGUGCAGAAGGCAGUUCCAAACGUUUUCUCACCCGUAUCCCGAGGAAGAACAACACGAAGGCAGACAAAUUAGCACGCUGUGCUCGAGCUCAGCCUCAUGAUGUGUAA